AUGUCAUCUAGGGUUGAGCCAAGCCGAAAAUUGGCUAUGCCUUUGAAACAUGGCCCUCCGGCUUAUAAUAUUAUGAGCUGGGAGCACUGUACUCAGGCUACCGUAUCUUCGAUCGAGCCCAAGGAUUACCCUCUACAUCAUGCUGCCUUCUUAAACGAUAUCGAAUGGGCGAAACGAAUUAUUGCCAAAGGCGAAGUUUCAAUCGACAAACAAAAUGUUCAUGGAGAUACGGCACUACACGUGGCUACCAUGAUGGGACAUAAAGGUUGGUUACUGUAGAUUUUAAUUUUCUUUUUAAAAAUAGUCUCUCUCAAAGAAAAUUUUUGUGGAUUAGGGGGCACAGAAUUCGUUGAACAAUUCUAAUAUUUAAGGUUAAAUUAAUCUGUUUCAGAGAUGAUUUACUUACUUUUGGAUGCCAAUGCUUGUGUCAAGAUGAAGAAUAACCAAGGUUGGAAUCCGAUGAUAGAAGCUAUUAGUUAUGGAAAUCGAGAUAUAAGUAUGUUUGUCUCAUUUUCCAUAUUUAACAGCAGGAUUUUCAAAAUACGAAAUCGAAAAUUUUUUUCUUUUUGUACUGUUUAGCCAACCUUUGGCACAACUUUUUGCUACAGAGACUAUUUUUUUACACGGUGCUACACCCAAAGUACAAAAAUACAAGGUGCAAUAACUUGAAACUGUAAAAAUUAUAAGGGAAAGCCAGUUUUUUUAGAUUUUAAAUAAAAUUUUUUUUGCAAAUUUACAUGUAUACCUUAAUUUUUAGUCAAAGAAAUGCUAAAAGUUCUGCGACUUCAAGCAGUACGUGGACUAGCCGAACGAAAACCUCAUUUAUUCAAGAUUCUGGGAGAAUUACCUGACUUUUACAUGGAACUCAAAUGGGAUUUUCAUAGUUGGAGUAAGUUUUUUGAGUUGAAUAUUAACUACUUUAUUUUGACUUUGAAGGAAGGCUUUUACAGUACGAAAAAAAGCAUAAAAAUAAUAUUUUUUCACUUUGUUCAUAAUUUUUUUAAACAUUUUUAAAAAAUAAUAUUUGUUUUGUAAUUACACAGGUAAUGAAUUUAAUUAGUUCUCUUAACAUCAAAAUGAUUUUCAGUACCCUUACUAUCAAGAAUGUUACCAUCAGACGUUUGUCGUAUAUACAAAUGCAAAACAUCGUUACGAAUGGAUACCUCGUUGGUGGAUGUGAAUGAUAAGAAAUGGGAAAGAGGAGACAUAUCCCUAUUAUUCAAUGCUUUUAACGAUGAAGAGGAAGCGCGGUUGAUACUGGUUGAUAAUGGGCAGAAAACGUACACACAUGUGAAGGGGCAACAAAAUUAUGAAGAGUUGGAUGAAGAGGUUGAUGUUCUUAUGGUAAGUGUUAAGAAUUUUCGCGUACUUUAUAAAACUUACCCAACUUAAUCUUACUCUACCCUAAACUGCCUUAUCUUACUUUACCUUAUCCUGCUUUGCCCUAUUUUGACCUAUUUUUAUUUACGGUAAAUAAUUGGUAAAAUACGGUUUUCUUUACUUUAGCUAUAAUAAUAUACUUUUAUUGAUUUCUUACAAACUUUUAGUCUUCCGACAUCGUAGACAUGCACAUGUCCACCAAGCCCAUAACCUUCGAAAGAGCAAAAUCUGGAUGGAUAUUCAGACAAGAAAAGACCGAAGAUAUUGCCGGCUUCUCAGGCGAUUUCUACUUUGUUAACAAUAUGAACUUGAUAACAAAAAAGCGGAGAGAACAUUUAUCGACCGAAGAUGUGAAAAAGAACAAGUCGAUUAUGAAAAAGUUCACAGCUGGUGCCAAACUAUCGGAGGAGGACUUUGAACAACUUGGUGCCAUUCCUCAUCGACCUUCUCUGCCUCCACCUGACAAACCUGAUAUCACCUUUGAAGAGUACACUCAGAUGUUGGAACAUCCAAUGUUGGCUAGGAAGCAUGAUUUGAAGACUAAUACUAGGACGUUCUCAGCUAUGGUGGCUAUGGUAAGGUUAAAGUUUUCGUGAUGAGACCAAAAUUGAAAAGAUGAUUUAAUUAUAAUGAUUAUAUUGUUACCUAAGUUAAUAUAAUUUCAAUUUUUGUAUGCAUCAACUAUUACAUUUUAGUAAACUAUUUUUGUUCAGAGCUCCGACUUCCCACUCCAACUCCAAACCUUGAUUGACAUUCUGGAAGUGCUGGCUCCAUUCAAACACAUUAACAAACUCAGAGAUUUUUGUCGCUUAAAAAUGCCUCCGGGCUUUCCAAUCAAACUCGAGAUUCCGAUUGUGCCUACGAUUUCAGCCAAAGUCACUUUCCAAAACUUUGAGUGGCUGGCUCAACGUGAUCUGCCUAAAUCAAUGUUCUGUAUUCCCAAAAAUUACCGUCUUGCCAAACCGAGAUUGAGUAUGUAG